CAUUAUCCCACCUCGAGGAUCCUAUGAGGGAUGAUGGCCAGACCCUGGCAGACCCCACAACUCCUGCUGGCCAUCCUGGUGGCCCUGGUGGCCCUCACCCACCAAGAAAGAAGGAAAACCUUUAUGAGUGUCGAAGAAGUGCCUGUGUCAGAGCCCCAGGUGAUAGCCACCUUGCAGUUUGUGAUCAACGACUUCAACAAGAAGAGUGAUGACAAGUACAAUUUCCGGAUUGUGCGGGUCCUGAAGGUCCAGAAGCAGGUUACUGACCACAUGGAGUAUCAUGUGAACAUGGAGAUGCGGCGGACCACCUGUCAAAAGCUGGAGACUACUAACUGCAUGUUUCAAGAAGGGGAACUUUAUAAGCAAAUUGAGUGCUUCUACUCAGUGUUUGUUGUUCCCUGGUUUGAAAAGUACAAAAUUCUGAACAAAAACUGCACCGAUGGCUAG